GGGUGCAACGACGGGGCCACUGCCAUCGCUGAUGCGCUCCGCGAAGCUGCGGAGCAACCUCUGUCUGAGCCUGUGAACGGUGGCGUGUCCCUGAUCCGUGUGAACGACCGAUGCAUGUACAUCCAGUGGACUAGCGUUCGGGAGUCGAUGGGUCGCCAGGCAUUUGCGUUGGUGGGGCCUGCCGCGGGCCAGCUGACUGAGGCAUUUGCGCUGGUGGGGCCUGCCGCGGGCCAGCUGACUGAGGCAUUUGCGCUGGUGGGGCCUGCCACGGUCCAGCUGACUGAGGCAUUUGCGCUGGUGGGGCCUGCCACGGGCCGACUGACUGAGGCAUUUGCGCUGGUGGGCCCGCCGCGGGCCAGCUGA